AUGAGGGAGACUACAGGCUUCCCAGGACCUUUGCUGGAGAGGAACACCGACAAGUCAGCCGUCAGAUCUACCAAACAAUGUCCUUAUGCUUCCAUCUUCGAUCAACCACAGGGUUAUUUUGAGGAAGCGAUGAAAGAUACCAAGGGCUGGGACACCUUGCAUAGGUACCACGGCUCACGCAGCCAACAAUUUGGAGAUGCAAACGAGUUCGACCAAUCCAGCAUGGCGAACACCAGCUUUGAUAAGGAUGAACCCACGGCUCCUGAUCAGAAUUCUUGUGCGCAGGCAUCGCAAUCAGCUGCUGCAAUGGACACCACUCUUCCACAUGGUCUAGGGAACUGUAUUAAACGCGUUGGCCCGAACUUCCUAGGCCACGAACCGAGAAAGGAGUCUUCCCAGUCGUACAUGUUUCAUCGCAGAUCCUUCUCUGGCGAAGAGCCCUCAUUUGCUACCGUACUCUCUGCCCCGCCAACCUCGUCGAGACACAGCAGUGCACCUCCACAUAUUCCAGGUCAGCAUUACGGACCGUUUCUUGGCCGAUUUCGAACCUCGGAAGACGCAAAAGUAUACCGCCGUGAUAAAAUGCGUUUUGGAAGAAGGCCAUGGAGAGAUCCCGAUAGCGACCCUACCAUUGCGGAGACGGAACACAACCGUGAUUUUCAUGUAGAACGCAUAUACAACGCCAUGAUUUGUGGAGAUUUUGCACGAGACAACGCGAAGUCUACUGCUCUGAAAAGAUGGGUUCACGAGCCACAUUACUCGUCAGAUCUUGUCGAAGCAUAUGCUCACAAGGUAUUCGAUUGCUUGCUUGAACAGGUCAAAAAGGGGUUUCGAGGUUGGAACCAAAAUGACUAUGUGAACGAUGAGAGAAAGGGCGAAGAUGACGACAAGGACAUUGACUGUGCAGGCCGUUUGAAGAACGUCAUUGCUGCACUACGGCAAGAAAAAUCGAUUUGCGAGAACGUCAUGAGUUCGGCCUGGCAGAUACGCAUGUUUGUGAACGCACCCAAGGCGUACGCUAAGCGCAAGGAUCAGAAUCGCGUGGGAAAUAGCAAGCGACCAAAUGCAAAAAGCAAUGAAGGCGCAGAAGGUGAAUCGCGUCCGUCAAAGAGGCGGAGGAACACGGUGCAAAGCAAACAGGCACAACAGCGUUCACUGAUGACCGAGUCAGGAUUGUCGCGAGGCUCACUCCCUCGGCAGCAGUACCAGUCACAUUACCAGCCGUCUACAGAGAGGCCUCCAAAAUCAAGGUUAGCCGCACGGGAAUCUUCCGUUCAUUUCCCUUCUUAUUCACAUGACGAUACCUUUGGCCACCAAGGAGCUAUCGCCUUGACGCCAGCGACAUCAUCGAGGCAGGUCUCUCUGGCUCCUCGGCAGGAGAGUCAAUAUCGCAUCGCACCCAUGCCAGUGGUGCAGCAAUCUCCCUUCUCCCCUCUGCCAAUCUCACCCGGGAUCAUAACUGAGGCGCAUACACCAGAUGGCGUGAGGCUAGCGGCCAUGGCCCACAGCUUGGGCAGGUGGCAGGGUGCGACUGACCCCGACUUUCCAAUCGACACAUCUCGGCAGCUGGACAAUGCCGAUUAUACAAUGCCUUAUACCGGCUGCAGUGCGCCUGCCUACGACAAUACGCUGGAGCAGCCUGAUCCUUCAAUGGGGAUAUGUCUUGCCGACACGGAAAUUAUUUCCUCACUUCCAACGGAGGAGGAAUUGCAAGAUGAUAUCUUUCAGCAGUAUUGGGCGCAACACCAUUCGGAUCUGCAACAAUCCCCGUACACUCCAGGAGAGCAGAAGCAUCAUUGA